GAUCGGCGCCGACGAGAGCAGGCCUGUGAGCCUGUACCGCCUGCGGUACACAAAGGUACAGGGACAGGGACCCGGGCAGGGGCAGGGGCAGGGACAGGCCGGUGACUCGACGGGAGCUGCGAUGCAGACAUCACUUGUUCCGACAUUGAUGAAGUGGACUGAGCCGUGGGGCGCAUUAUUCCCUGUCGACGUGUCGUCGUGUCGUCGUGGCGCUGCGCCACGAGCGCUCCCGAGCUCUACUACCAUCAGCUGCUACUGCCCCGCACUCCCUUCCUUCCUCCCUCCAUUCUUUCCAUUCCUUUCAUCCAUCCAUCCUUCCGUCCGCUCCGCCCCGCGGCCGUCUCCGUCUGUCCCUCGCAGCGCUCCCCCAUUGUCUGGCGCGCUGACCGUUGCCGCGGCUGGCCACGGCGGAUCGAUCGCACAAAGGUUCGAUCGGCAAAUCGGGCUCGUCUUUCUGUGGAACUCGAGGCGACGAAGAAGAUCUAGGCUCCAUGCCUUCCGAAUUGUACCCACUGGACUCGUGACGGUGCGCUGUGGCAAGGCCGUGCAUGCAUUUUCAGAUGAUUGCCAGUAAUCUCAGCUGAGCUAAAUAGCCCAACAGGUUCAACAGUUUCGUGUCGAAUUGGUUUCAGAACAGGUUAUAAAUUACGAGAACUUUUUUAGCCAUGGAAGAGAAGGAAACACCACCCGAGGAACUUGAGCAAACUGUAGUGCUGCUUGGCGUGUCUCCGUCAACGAAGGGCUACCCCCAUCCGUCUCAAAGCAGUACCCAUGCUCUUGAAUGGACACUGGAGAAGCUCAUUCGUAAGAGCUGCAGAAAAGAGUUCAAGCUGAUGAUUUUGCACGUUCAAGUACCCGACGAAGACGGUAUUGAUGAAGUGGACAGCAUUUUCGCAACUCCCAGUGACUUUGCCGAGGUUGCGGAGAGUGAUCGGAAGAUGAGCCACCGCCUUCUUGAAUUCUUCACCCAGAAGUGUCAUGACGCUCAGGUACCUUGCCAAGCGUGGAUAAAGGUGGGAGAUGCAAAGGAAGUGAUAUGUAAGGAGGUUAAGAGGUUGAAACCUGAUAUUUUGAUCCUUGGCAGCAGAGGUCUUGGUCCUCUGCAGCGGAUAUUUGUGGGAGGGGUUAGUGACUACUGUGCAAAGAAGGCUGAGUGUCCAGUGCUCGUGAUCAAACGAAGGCCUGAGGACAUGCCUGAGGAUGCAAGCGAAGAUUAGGGUCGUGCGUAUGUUCAAUGAAAAUAAAAACUGGUUUGUAACUGUUUUAUAAAAUAUAGCAAAUGUCAUAUAUAGGAGAAGUGCUGAAUUGCGCUUGCUGUACAAAUAAAAUUCCACAUUUCGACAUGUCAAAUGCACUUAUUGAUCGAGAAGCUGUACAACAGCUGUGUCUACUGGGAG